AUGGUGUCGCUGUUCCAGAGCCCGGACCCGCGCAAGCGCGACGUGCAGGAGCUGCAGACCACGUACUACAUGGCGUGGGUGCCGCUCAUGUGUACGCUGACGCUGCUCCACAGCGCCAAGCUGCUGGGCAAGUACGGCCCCAAUCCCGACAACUUGGACCGCAACCUCAUGGGACUCAAGAUCCUCAUGUGGGUCUACGCGUUCGUGGAGCUGGUGCUGGACAAGAAUAUGGUCAUCAAGCGGGGGCCGGCGCUCUAUGUAGCCAUCAUCUUCUGCGCGUGCGAUAUGCUGCGCUUCCAGAUGGAGGUCAUGAGGUUGAUCUACGACGACGAGGAGCUCGAAGAAGAGGUCGACCGACUGGCCAAUAUGGUCAUUGAGGCGCUGGAGCACAGCGACGACGAGACGGCGUUCAAGCACGCGGUGAGGGAGGUCAUCCAGAGGAACCGCGAGCUGUCGGCCGACGCCACUAUGCAGAACGUCGUGGAUGAAGGCGAAGACGCAGCCAUCCAGUCCCCGUUCGAGAAGCAUAGCUCGGUGAAAGAUAUUCUAUCACAUCCAAAUGCCCAGGAGAAGGACACCACCACGGACUACGGCACCACGAGCCUCUCCAGGGUGUAG